UCUAUCGUUUCUUGAGCACUGAUCUCCAGAUCAUCAUGAAGCAGCUGGUGGAGGCAGCCAUAGACAUGCACGCCAGGAAAAUGUUCCAUCAGGACCUGAAACUGGAAAACAUCCUGAUCCAAACCACCUCUGAUGGGCCUCGAGUGCGGAUCAUAGAUUUCGGAUGUGCCUCUUAUGCAAAAGACGAUCCUUACCGCUGCUUCGCGGGAACCUUUCAGUAUGCUCCUCCAGAGGUUUUUCUAACUCAGAUUUUCGAGGCCGUCCCCACCCCAGUCUGGCAGUUGGGUGCUCUGCUGUUCAAUUUGGUGAAUGGAAGCGUGCAAUUUGACACAUGUGACUUCAUCUGCAGUGAGAUGCAACUCAACAACAACCUGUCCGAAGAGUGCCGGGAUCUGCUGAGCAUGUGUCUGGCUGCACGUCCUGACAAACGUGCAACACUGGAGCAGAUCCAGCAGAACCCCUGGUUGUCAUGUUCCUGUGUGAACUGUGACAAAUUAAUCAUUUAUAACUUAUAACCGCUUCAUUUUUUUUGUAAUAUUUCUACCAUAGGAACCUUACAGUCAUGUGUCAGAUUGUUUUGCCUUAUAAUAGGUCUAUCCUGU